CUUGAAAGCGGUUCAAGCAAAGAAGCAAAGCUUGGGUAUUUUUUUUAUAUGGAAUUGCGAUAAUUCAAAGAAUUCUUUAGUGUAUUAUAUCAUUUAACAAUGAGUGAGAAACUUAAGGAGCUCCGAGAAAGGUCUCAAAAAAGGAAGAAAUUAUUAGCACAAACUCUAGGCGUAUCGAGUGUUAGUGAACUGCGCCAUGCCUUGGGAGCCACGGCAGACGUACUACCGAAAAAGCAAGCCUCAACAGAGUACAGUUCGGACGGAAUUGAGAAACCUACACAGAAGGAAACUGAUAGCCUUGUUUAUACAGACUCCUCUACUUUCUUGAAGGGUACCCAAUCCUCGAAUCCUCACAAUGACUACUGCCAGCACUUUGUGGACACGGGCCAGAGGCCACAGAACUUCAUCCGUGAUGUUGGACUUGCAGACAGGUUUGAGGAGUACCCCAAACUGAGAGAGCUGAUAAAGUUGAAAGAUGAGCUCAUCGCCAGAACUGCUACACCUCCUAUGUACUUGAAGUGUGAUCUUAAGACGUUUGACCUCAAGUCAAUGGGCAGCAAGUUCGACGUGGUGCUGGUGGAACCGCCGCUGGGCGCUGGGUGGCGUUGGCGCGACGUGCUGGCGUUGGAGUUGCAUCAUAUCGCACAACCGCGCUCCUUCGUUUUUCUAUGGUGCGGAAGUUCUGAGGGACUGGACAUGGGCAGGGAAUGCCUCAAGAAGUGGGGGUUCCGGCGCUGCGAGGACAUCUGCUGGAUCAAAACAAACAUCAAGAACCCCGGCCACUCGAAAAACUUGGAACAUAACGCCGUGUUCCAGAGGACUAAGGAGCAUUGUCUUAUGGGCAUUAAGGGUACGGUGAGGAGAUCAGUUGACGGGGACUUUAUACAUGCAAAUGUAGACAUAGAUCUGAUUAUAUCCGAGGACCCAGAGUUCGGGAGUACGGAGAAGCCAAUCGAGAUAUUCCAUAUCAUGGAGCAUUUCUGUCUGGGCCGUAGAAGAGUGCAUCUCUUCGGCAAAGACUCUACCAUCCGCCCGGGCUGGGUCACCAUUGGACACGAGCUGACAAACUCUAACUUCAACGCAGAACUCUACGCGUCCUACUUCACGGAGGGCCGCGAAACAACUGGCUGCACAGAAAGAAUAGAGGCCCUGAGGCCUAAAAGCCCUCCGAAUACAAGCAAAGGCGCCCGGCCGAGGGGUAGGGGUGGUUUUAGGGGCAGAGGCCGCGGUAGGGGCGCUAUUUAGUGGUAUCUCAUAUAUGGACUCUUGGAGUAUUUGGUUGUUCCUAGACUAUUGGUGAUUCUAAUAAAAUUUGUUACUGUA